CAUCUAGGAAGGCAAGCCAUGACCAUUCUUUGAAACUCGCCGUCGUAGCUCUCUUGUUCCGCCGCGCCAUUUCCCUGUUUCAGUUUCUCUGUGGCUUUCCGCGCGCUGCAUGACCUGGUAGAUUGUUGUGAAGAUGAACGACCUGUUCUCGUCGAGCUCGUUCAAGAAGUAUGCGGACUCGAGCGUGGCGACGUCGGCGGGGGGCGCGGAGGCCGGCGGCGAGAGCGUGAUUAACCUCGACAAGUUCUUCGAGGAUGUGGAGGCGGUGAAGGACGACAUGCGCGGUCUGGAGGGCAUGUACAAGGGCCUCCAGUCCACCAACGAGGAGACCAAGACGGCGCACGACGCCCGCACCGUCAAGUCCCUCCGCUCCCGCAUGGACAAGGACGUCGAGCAGGUGCUGCGCCGCGCCAAGGCCAUCAAGACCAAGCUCGAGGACCUCGACCGCUCCAACGCCACCUCGCGCAAGGUGCCCGGCUGCGGGCCGGGGUCCUCCACGGACCGCACUCGCACCUCCGUCGUCGCCGGCCUCGGCAAGAAGCUCAAGGACCUCAUGGACGACUUCCAGGGGCUGAGGGCGAGGAUGGCCGCGGAGUACAAGGAGACGGUAGCGCGGCGGUACUACACGGUGACGGGGGAGAAGCCGGAGGACAGCACGAUCGAGGCGCUCAUCUCGUCCGGGGAGAGCGAGUCGUUCCUGCAGAAGGCGAUCCAGGAGCAAGGGCGCGGGCAGGUGAUGGACACCAUCUCGGAGAUCCAGGAGCGGCACGACGCCGUGAAGGACAUCGAGCGCAGCCUCAUGGACCUGCACCAGGUGUUCCUCGACAUGGCGGCGCUGGUCGAGGCGCAGGGCCACCAGCUCAACGACAUCGAGAGCCACGUCGCGCACGCCAGCUCCUUCGUGCGCAGGGGCACCGUCGAGCUGGAGUCCGCGCGCGAGUACCAGAAGAGCAGCCGCAAGUGGAUGUGCAUCGCCAUCCUCGCCAGCAUCGUGCUCAUCGCCGUCCUCGUCUUGCCCGUGCUCGUCAACCUCCGCAUCUUGACGCUCCCCACCAGACGAUGAUGAAUCACUCCAAGGGGCGCCUCUCUCUCUCUCUCUCUCUCUCUCUCUCUCUCUCUCUCUCUCUCUCUCUCUCUCUCUCUCUCUCUUCGUGUUUGUUCUUCUCUCUAUUUCCGUACUUCAUUUUUUUCUUGUCAAGGUCUCAAGGAUUCCCGUUUUGUUUCCAGGUUUGUACCAUUUUAUUAUCUGUUUUUUUCUUGGUAGUAGUAGUUUAAUUUUCAAAAGCAUGCUUCUGCUACAUGAUUGACAUUUGACAAAGAAGACAUGCAUGGGACGUAUGAGCGUUGUGAAUUACAGUGACUCUGUAACAGUUCGGUAA